AGACCAGCCAGACUCUGAGCCUGACAGUUGCUUCUCUUUCGGCUCUCCAGAAGUCGAAGAAAUUUCAUCGCAAUUAACUUUUUUCUUUACUGCGACUAAACAAAAAAUUGAAUUUGUAAAUUGCACAAGUCCAUUUUUAUCGUGCGCUAAUUGAAUACGUUUUAAAACAGCGAAAUGCCUUUUUAUGCCAAAGAUUGGCGUUCACCAGGCGAAUCGUGGAUCAAAACGGAAGAUGGCUGGGAGAAGCUGAAAGUCUUGGAAACUAAUCGAAAAAGAUUAAUUUCCGAUGACGGUGUUUUCUACAGGUCAGCAGAUGAUGACAAAGAAAACUGCGCACUCGAUAACAGCCCGGAACUCGAUAAAACCAAAGGUUGCGUUCCACCUCACUGCCAGAUAACAUUAAAAUGCACAAAAGAGGUGGCGGGUUUCAACGGGCUGAGCGAUGCCCUGCGUCGCCUGGAUUUCCGCAGCGCCGUUCACGACCACCGACGAUUUCCCUACACGGCCAAAUUGCUGGAAUUGUUGCUCUCUCAGCAUCGCAUCACCAAUCUGUCGGGCUGCGCUCAGAAAUCGGUUCUCAAUGUCCUGGAGGAGAUUGCAGUUCAAGCCCAAGGAAGCCAGCAAAACAUGCACGUUCUAGUCAAAUUGCUGACUGAUUUGCGUACCAUCGUACGAGGUGAUUCGUGGUGGGGAACACCGCUGGGCUCGUCUCAACUCUGGGGCAAACACGUCCGCACUAUCGAUCGCAUAGGCGCCAUUGCUUCCAGCAUUCGUCAUGCUGAGGCAGUUCCUGGCAGUAACGACGGGGAUGAUAAACCGAAAUUCGAGGAUCUGCCAGAGGAAUGCGUUAGGGAGAUCCUGUUUCGGUUGGCCGAUCACCGGGACUUGUUAUCGGCGGCGGAAGCGUGCGGAGUUGUUCAGAAGCUGAGCGCCGAGCAACGCUUAUGGAAACGCCUCUGUCGCUUCCAUUUCACGCCGGUUCAAAUUAGUUUCGCACUCCGGGAGAUACAGAAAGAACGGGAGAAACCUCCGUUGAACGUGACGGCAGCCCCCAACAAGAACAACCGCAGUAGCCGAACGCCCCAUCCUUAUCUGAACCCCAGACGCAGUCCCGUCCGUAGUCACGAUACGGAUUCUUCUAAACCGGAAGAGUUACUGGAUAACGCCUCAUCGGCAGAUACACGCGGACGUGUAUCGAGUGCAUUUCACGAGCAUUUGAAGCGCCACCGUGAAAAUCUAUUGAGUCUGCAAAGUGAAGACCAGGACCAGUCGAGCCAUCAGGUCAUUAACGCCAAUCACAACCGAUUGGUGAGCUUUCAAGACGUCAGGAACCAUUUCGAUCAGCGGGAAAUGUUGGAUAACGAGCCCAGGAGUCCCCGGACGACGAAUCAACUUCCGCCCAGGAGGAAAAAUAACGAGAAAGAUGACGACAUUAGUCAGCCGGCUGGUGGUAAUCAGUCUAAUUUGGAAACAGACUGGGAGGAUGUCUUCCAUCGGGCUCGCAGGUUAUUUGGGCUGCGUGAAGACUACGCCGAAAUUCUCCAUCUGUGCCGCAACUGCCGUUGCCUAUUUUGGAAGACGUACGGACAUCCAUGCAUAGUCGAUCAUCAACAGACAGAUAACAAAUCUGAUGAGCCCAGCAGCUGUGACCCAGAAGCUUUUUACGUACCCGUCCCGCCUCAGGCUUUCCUCAAAUUUUUCUCUCUUUAACAAAGAUGACAAUUUCUAUAUACUAUACUUGUGUACCACAAGGUUUAAAAAAAGCCUUUUGGUUCGAUUUCGAGUCUUACAGCACCGGAAGACAUUCUUAUAUAUUUUCAAGCCACCCUCCGCAUUCUCUCUAUGAUACAUACUACAUUUUGGUAUUUUGGCGUAAACUAUUUCUAUUUUGGGAACUCGUCCUUAAAAUGAUGGUGACUCUUUUGGAAUAAGGAAAAGCUUCAAAUCAGAUAUUAUUGCAAGUCCUCGAAGAUCAACUUGAUGAUUUUAUUUUAGCUGUUUUUUAAUAGACAAUCAUUUUUUGAUUUUAUUACUACGUACAGUAUGUUGACCUUACACUGUGAUAGUUUUGUUAGAGUGAUUGAUGGAUCUGUGUACACUCUUCUUUGGUCGUGCUCGACUUUUUCCCUCUUUUAUUGGUGUCGUCUUUUGAUAUAACCGUCAGUUUGAGCGUCUAGAAAAACUGCACCAUAUCUUCUGUCAUUUUGAUCAUAGUCGUCCAUCACUCAGUUUGUCUCUUAGGAAUCUAAUUUUCGCAGAAAAUCUAAUAGAAUAAACGGUGUUUGAAGAGUC